UGUGCAGCAACUAUAUCACACCAUCUUGUCAUGGGAGCGCAUUAAUGCAGUACUUAGAGCUCCCAUGAAUCUUAGAUUUAACAAAGCAAAAACAUGAAGUUGCUUUGGUGUUCAUAUAUGAUUUCUGUAAUUGAUCAUAUAAAUGACUAGUUUUAAUUCAGAUUAAGUAUAAUUUCAUUGUAUUCAAAUCUAUUAUGACUGACUCAUAUAAUUCAAAACCAAAAUGCUACUAUGAAUGUUCAGGAAGUACUGAGAGUGGUGUGGUUUUCAAGGAAGGCCACACUCCAUCAAUUCUCCACUCAUUGCCUUGGCUGCUUGGUUGGGUGUGGCUCUCUAUUGUGGGCCCCGUGCUGGCAGUGAAGCUCUUUGCUAGUGUGGCACGGGCUCUAUUUGUCAAGUAUUUGUGGCGUGGCAAAUCUCUCAAUGGAAAAGUUGUGCUCAUUACCGGGGCCAGUUCUGGUGUUGGGGCAGCUGUGGCAAAACUGCUUUACUGUCAGGGCUGCCGUCUCAUUCUUGCAUCCAGAUCUGUAGACAAGCUCCAUGCUCUCAAACAAGAGCUCAUUGCCUCGUGCCAGACCCCUGUGGUGCACGAGCCCAUAGUGAUGCAGCUGGACAUCACAGACCUGACUGCUGUCGAUGACCUUAUGGUCUGUUGUGUCCAGACCCCUGUGGUGCAUGAGCCCAUAGUGAUGCAGCUGGACAUCACAGACCUGACUGCUGUCGAUGACCCUAUGAUCUGUUGUGUCCAGACCCCUGUGGUGCACGAGCCCAUAGUGAUGCAGCUGGACAUCACAGACCUGACUGCAGUGUCGGGCGCUGUCGAUGACCCUAUGAUCUGUUGUGUCCAGACCCCUGUGGUGCACGAGCCCAUAGUGAUGCAGCUGGACAUCACAGACCUCACUGCAGUGCCCGACGCUGUGGAGGCUGUGGUGCAACGCGUGGGCGCCGUGGACGUCCUCAUCAACAACGCCGGCCAGAGCUUCAGGGGCGCCGCCGCCCACACGCUCCUCGACGUCGACCUCAAGCUCAUGCUGGUCAACUACUUCGGCCAUGUUGCUCUCACUAAAGGUGGCUUAUGGCUGUCUUGUGUCGUUCUUGUGUGUCUUAUGUGUCUUAUGGCUGUCUUAGGUGGCUUAUGUCGGUCGAGCUACUGCGCGUCCAAGCAUGCGCUGCAGGGCUUCAUGGACAGCCUGCGCCCCGAGCUUGCCUGCCACAACAUCGCCGUGUCCGUCAUCAGCCCAGCCUACAUCAACACCAACCUCUCCAUCAACGCCAUCACUGCCACGGGGGGGACUUAUGGAGGUAAUGUUGUUAUAUAGGUAC